GAUGUAGCUGCCGGUACUUAAGCGCAUUCUCUUCUCUCUCCGCAGUGGGAGCUGGUGUGCGACGACUCCUGGAAGCGAGCAAUGGUAGGCACUGCGAACAGCCUUGGACAACUCGCUGGUCUGCCUUUGGCAGGGAUGAUUUCAGAUCGGGUCGGGCGGCGGACGGUGCUGGCGGGGUCGUGCUGCCUGAGUGCGCUGCUGGGCAUCGCGCGCUCCUUCGCGCCCACCUACUUCGCCUACGUGCUGCUGGAGUUCGUGGAGCCCGUGCUGGGCGUCGGCAUCUUCACCUCCUCCUUCAUCCUCUGCAUGGAGCUGACUUGCACGCGCGGCCGGGUGGUCGUGGGCGUGGCGCAGUGCCUGUCCUUCGCCCUGGGCGAGGUGGCGCUGGGGCUGAUGGCGUGGGCGCUCUUAGACUGGCGGCAGCUGCUCCGCUUCGGGUACGCGCCCGGCGUCGCUUUCAUCGUUUACAGAUGGGUGCUGCCGGAGCCCGUGCGCUGGCUGAUGGCGCGCGGGCAGCCGUCGCAGGCGCGCGUUAUGCUGGAGCGCGCCGCGCGGCAGAACGGCGUGGUGUUCGACGAGGACCGCCUGCAGCGCGUCUUCGGGGCCGACGACGCGGAAGAAGAGAAGAAGAAAGUGUCGGGCGGCGCGCAGGCGCCAGCGCUGUUCGUGCGUGCGGAGGCGACUGCCAGGUCCUCU